GCUGGAGCCUCGCUCUCUUCAGACGGAUCCAUCGCCCCGGGCGGCCUUCGAAGGGCUCCACCGUGAGGCUCGGCUAAUCAAUCGCUGAAGCUGAGGCGCUCGCAGCAGGCGGGAUCACGCGCUCUGCGCUCGGCACAUUUUUGGCGCCGGCGCCGCCGCCGUUGCAGCCGCAGAGCAGAAAUUGCCGCCUCUUUCUCGAGACUCAGCGGGAAGCGUUCCCUGGGGAGGGUUGAGGGGUGGCUAUGGCGGAGCCCGCGGAGAAGCUAUACCGGGCCGAGUACGCCAAGAGCGGGCGGGCUUCCUGCAAGAAAUGCAAGGAAACUAUCGCCAAGGAUUCGCUCCGCCUGGCCAUCAUGGUGCAGUCCCCUAUGUUUGAUGGCAAAGUACCUCAUUGGCACCACUAUUCUUGCUUCUGGAAACGAACUCAGCUGCUAUCCCAUGCUGAUCUGGAUGGCUUCGCAGAACUCCGUUGGGAUGAUCAGGAAAAAAUUAAAAAACACAUAGAAAGUGGAGGAGCUGCAGCAGGCAAAGGUGGUGGCCAAGAGGGAGGUGGCGGAAGUGAAAAAAGUUUAAAUGAUUUUGCAGCAGAAUAUGCAAAAUCCAAUAGAAGUACUUGCAAAGGUUGUGAACAAAAGAUAGAAAAGGGUCAGAUUAGAAUCUCAAAGAAAAUGGUGCUCGCUGAAAAGCCACAGCUGGGGAUGAUAGACAAUUGGUACCAUCUUGCCUGUUUCAGUAGUCGCAGAACAGAUCUGGGUUUUCUUCCUACCUUUAAUGCCUCUCAGAUCCAGGGCUUUGCGCAGCUAAAGGCAGAAGACAAAGAAACUCUAAAGAAGCAGCUGCCCUCUGUCAAGACUGAAGGAAAGAGAAAAGGAGAUGAGGUGGAUGCAAAUGUAAUCUCAAAAAAGAAACCCAAGAAAGAGAAAGAGAAAUUAUCAAAACAAGAAAAGCUGCUAAAGGAUCAGACAGAACUGAUCUGGAAUAUCAAAGAUGAAUUGAAGAAUGCCUGUUCUACCAAUGACUUGAAGGAGCUCCUGAUAGCCAACAAGCAAGAAGUUCCUUCUGGGGAAGCUGCUAUUUUGGACCGUGUUGCAGAUGGGAUGGCUUAUGGAGCUCUGCUUCCCUGUGAAGAGUGCAAAGGACAGUUUGUGUUCAAGAGCAAUGCCUAUUACUGCACAGGGUAUAUUACAGGUUGGACCAAAUGUGUUGCCAAGACACAGAUGCCCAACAAGAAAGAAUGGAAAAUCCCAAAGAAAUUACGAGAGAUCCCUUACCUAAAGAAAUUCAAAUUUAAAAAACAAGAUAGAGCAUUCUUGCCAGAGGCUGCUUCUACAAAUUCUGUACCUCCUUCAGCAGGUUCUGAUCCUAUUACAGGGAAUUCGGCUGCACCAGCAGAUAAACCAUUAAACAACAUGAAUAUGGUAGUCCUUGGGAAAUUGUCGAAGACCAAGGAUGAAAUUAAAUCUGCCAUUGAAGAACUUGGGGGAAAGGUGACAGCGACUGUGAAUAAAGCUGACUUGUGCAUCAGCUCUCAAAAGGAAGUUGACAAAAUGAGCAAAAAAAUGGAAGAAGUAAAGAAAGCCCACUUAUGUGUUGUGUCGGAGGACUUCCUCCAGGAUAUAAAAAGCUCCAGCAAGGGUUUUCAGGAGCUUCGAUCACUGCAUGCGGUGUCUCCCUGGGGUGCAGAAGUAAAGCAGGAACUCAAAGAAGUGUCUGUAAGUGGAAAAUCCAGUGGACACCCAAACAUGAAAAAUUCUGGGAAGAACAAGGAAGAGCAAGCUGUGGAUAUAAAAUGUUCAGAUUUUCUGAAAAUUCUAGAUGAAGAAGCAGUCAAGAAACUGACAGUGAGUGCAGGAACCAAGUCAAAGCUUCCUAAGGCUGUCCAAGAUCUUAUUAAGAUGAUUUUCGAUGUAGAAAGUAUGAAGAAAGCCAUGGUGGAGUUUGAGAUUGAUCUCCAGAAGAUGCCUUUGGGGAAGUUAAGUGAGAGGCAGAUCCAGAGCGCAUAUUCCAUUCUGAAUGAAGUUCAGCAGGCAGUUUCUGAUGGUGGCACCGAUUCACAGAUAUUAGAUCUCUCCAAUCGCUUCUACACACUCAUUCCCCAUGACUUUGGAAUGAAGAAGCCUCCACUUCUAAACAACCUUGACUACAUUAAGACUAAAGUGGAAAUGCUGGAUAAUCUGCUUGACAUAGAGGUCGCUUAUAGCCUUCUAAGAAGUGGCGGUCAGGAUGGGGAUAAAGAUCCAAUAGAUGUGAACUACGAGAAGCUCAAAACCAGUAUCCAGAUAGUAGAUAAAGAUUCAGAAGAAGCCAAGAUUAUAAAACAAUAUGUUAAGAACACCCAUGCAAGUACCCACAAUGCAUAUGGUUUGAAAGUUGUGGAGAUUUUCAAAAUUGAACGUGAAGGAGAAUAUCAACGUUAUGAACCAUUCCGGGACUUACACAAUCGCCAGUUGCUCUGGCAUGGUUCUCGCACUACCAAUUUUGCUGGUAUCUUAUCACAGGGUCUCCGAAUAGCUCCACCUGAAGCCCCAGUGACUGGCUAUAUGUUUGGCAAAGGUAUCUACUUCGCAGAUAUGGUGUCCAAAAGUGCCAACUAUUGUCACACCUCUCAAGUGGAUCCUGUUGGCCUACUCUUGCUGGGAGAAGUUGCUCUUGGAAACAUGUUUGAAUUGAAAAAUGCUUCCCAUAUAACCAAGCUGCCAAAGGGCAAACACAGUGUCAAAGGUUUGGGCAAAACAGCCCCAGAUCCCACAGCCACUGCUUCUCUUGAUGGUGCAGAUGUCCCUUUGGGAAAAGGAAUUCCAUCUGGAAUUAGCAAUACUUGUCUUAUGUAUAAUGAAUACAUUGUCUACGAUAUUGCUCAGGUGAAACUGAAGUAUCUGCUGAAAUUAAAGUUCAACUAUAAAACAACACUCUGGUGAAGAUCAGCUUCUUGGAAUUACUAAUACAAAUGUUUUUGAGCCCCUCCUUUAUUUUAUUUUUUUGAUAAAUAUGCAAGAUUAGAUGAAAAAUGCUAUGAGCAAUUUUGUAUUUGUGCUUCCCUCCCUCCCCCCUUUUCUUCUCCUUCCCCCUCUUGGCUUAUUCUAGUUUGAACAUAUUGUACAUCUUUAACUAACAACAACCCCCACUCCCCAAAAAGGGAGGGGAAGUCAAUAACCCUUGAAUUAAACCUUUAGUAAAAAGACAGGGAAGAUAAAUUUAGAAUUGUUUACAUACUUUUUUCUUGUUUUUCAAAUCUUCCUUAAUUUGUAUUCUGAAUAAAUGUUAAUGUGUUUAUUUUGAAGUAAAAAUAAAAGCUACUUUCUUACUAAA